AUUAGAUUUCAUUAGAUGUGACAUGCAAUAUAGCAAGGCAAGGCAUGCAGGUCGCAUGAAUCAUGGCACGUUUGGCGCACUACUAAAUCGAAAGCCCUCUCCCUCCAAUGCCUCACCUCAUCACCUGUCCGUGCAACAACCGAUCCAAAGGGGGGAGAGAGAGGGGAAGAGGGAAACAAUCACAACCCAAUCUUGCAAGCUAAACCCUAAUUGAUUAGCAUUCCGCUCAUUGUUUCUCUCUUUUUCGCCAUCACGACCUCUCGUCCAGUCUUUUAGAUCCAACGGAGAUUGUUCUAGCACUUUCUUUCUUCCGUGGAUUCUUCCUCAGAAGUUUACAGCCAUGGUGUUUUGGGUUUUUGGCUAUGGUUCACUUGUGUGGAACCCAGGAUUUGAAUAUGAUGAGAAAAUCAUUGGCUUCAUAAAGGGCUACAGACGUGUCUUUGAUCUAGCAUGCAUUGAUCACCGAGGUACACCUAAAAACCCUGCAAGGAUUUGCGCAUUGGAAGAGAAAGAAGGGGCUCGUUGCUGGGGUGCUGCUUAUUGUGUUCGCGGAGGCCCUGAAAGGGAAAAAUUGGCAAUGCAGUAUUUGGAGCAAAGGGAAUGCGAAUAUGAUCAGAAGACUCUUGUAGAUUUCUACAAGGAAACUGAUACACUGCACCCCGCUUUAACUGGAGCGAUGGUAUUCACAUCCACACCAGACAAAUCAAACCAAUUCUACCUGGGAUCUGCCCCACUGGGUGACAUGGCUAGGCAAAUAGCAACUGCUUGUGGCCCUUGCGGAAACAACAGGGACUAUAUUUUCCUUCUAGAAAAGGCCAUGUAUGAUAUUGGCCAUGAGGAUGACAUGGUCAUAGAACUUGCAAAUGAAGUGAGGAAGGUAAUUGAAGAUAUGGACCAUGUAGUAGCCAAGGACAAGUUGGGUGGGCCAGGACUACUCCCAUACCCUCACGAUCCUAUACCUGCCCUUUGACUGCACGCACUUCCAGAACCCAUUGCCCUCGACUCCUCGUGAUUGCUGAUUCAUUUCCUAGUUUAACUCUUCACAUCGCAGAGCCACUAACCACUCUAUUUUCUUCUACCAAGCCUCUCUCUUUUACAAUGUAGAGCAGUUCCAGUUCUACUCCAUCCUCAACUAGCCGAAGUCUAACCAACUAACUCGAACUAUUUAGCUAUAUUGAAUAGCUCCAAGCAUAAUCACAUACUAAACCCAACGUGGUAUUGGAGCCUAAAGGCAUAUUAGAUUCUAGAACCUUGCAAAAAAAUUAAGAGGGGGGGGGGGUUCUAUUGGUUAAAUAGCUUAUACUAUAGCACCGAAUACAAUCAAAUACAAAACUUAACUGCUCCUUGUUUCCUUGAUUAGGUUCGUUAGCUUAUCCUACUUGCGGCCAUUCCCUUGACAUGUUGCUUAGGUCCGUUUAGUGGUUUAGGUCAGGCUAACCCACCUUCUGGUGGUGGGUGUAAUUAGUCGAAGAUGUUCUGUUUCUAUCUAUUUAUAACUAUGACGUCAAAACUGUGAGAUUAUGGUGGUAUGUAUCAUUCUACAGCGAUAGAAAUACUAGAUGGGGUUUCGCAUAACGCUUGCUGCCACCCUGCUUAUCUCAUCACAUCAUUGUGUGAUAUGAAGUGACUUGAGACUCGCAAUUCCUGCAAGACUAA